GUCCCCUCGAUCGGCCUCCAAUUGCAUUCAGCGUUUACCACCGCAAGCUCGCGCGCGCCCGCCUUCGUCUCCUCGCCAGCUCCUGCGUUCUCUCCUCACGACAGUCAGCAGCUAGCAGAUCUCUGAAGCCGUCGUCACAUCACCCUAGCUUAAUUAGCUUGACGAGCUGCUAGGGCCUACAAGGCUACGACUCCAUAUCGUGCUAGCUGGUGUGCUGCUAGCUCAUCAUCAUGCUAGAGAACCAAAAGCAAGCGGAGGUAGGCCAGCCCGAACGCACGCACGCGCACUCACCACGCUCUCUUGUCGUCUUGUUUCGCUCCGAUGUUCUCUGGCCGCGGCUGGUGGCCAACAAGCUCUUCCGGAAGACCUCGGGCAGCCACGCCUUCGUCGCCGACUUCCCUGCCGCCGAUGACGACGACGACGACAACAACAACGUCGUCUUUGGAACGGAGUUCGACGACGGCGGGUGCAGCCCCGACGCGGACGCCAGCCGCUGCGUGAAGCGGCCGCGGCCGCAGGAGCGCAACAAGACCCUCAAGUACAAGCUGUUCGCGAGCACGUGGAACGUCGGCGGCGUGGCGCCACCGGACGAUCUGGACCUGUCGGACUGGCUGGACGGUGGCGAGGACGACGACGGGCCCUACGACAUGUACGUGCUGGGGUUGCAGGAGGUGGUGCCGCUGCGCGCGCGCAACGUGCUGGGCGCCGACAAGAAGCGCGUGGGGCUGCGGUGGAUCGAGCUCAUCCGCGCCGCGCUCAACCGCCGGUCGCACUCGCAGCGGCAGAGGCAGCAGGGAGACGGCAGCGGCAAGCAGAAGGUGCACCCGGUCCGGGACGGCGGGCGCGGCGAGCUGGCCUGCAGGGACUACCGGUGCGUGGUGAGCAAGCAGAUGGUGGGCAUCCUGCUCACGGUGUGGGUGCGCUCCGACCUCCGCCGCUUCGUCCGCCGCCCCAGCGUCUCCUGCGUCGGAUGCGGCGUCAUGGGCUGCCUCGGCAACAAGGGUGCCGUGUCCGUCCGGUUCUGGCUGCACGACACGAGCUUCUGCUUCGUGUGCUGCCACCUCGCGUCGGGCGGGCGCGAGGGCGACGAGGCGCACCGCAACGCCGACGCCACGGAGAUCCUCUCCCGGACGACCUUCCCGCGGGGGCACGCGCUCAACUUGCCGCUGCCGCACAAGAUUCUAGACCACGACCGAGUGAUCCUGCUCGGGGACCUCAACUACAGGAUCUCCCUGCCGGAGGCCAAGACGAGGCUGCUGGUGGAGCGGCAGGACUGGAAGACGCUGCUGGAGAACGACCAGCUGCGCGCCGAGCUGGUGUGCCGCGGCGGCGCGUUCCAGGGCUGGAGCGAGGGCGCCAUCACCUUCUCCCCGACCUACAAGUACUACCCCAACUCCGACGCCUACUACGGCUGCGCCACCGCCGGCCAAGGCCACAGGAGCAACAAGCGGCGCGCGCCGGCGUGGUGCGACCGCAUCCUGUGGCGCGGCGCGGGGCUGAGGCAGACCCGCUACGGCCGCUGCGAGUCCCGGCUGUCGGACCACCGCCCCGUCCGCGCCGUCUUCACGGUGGAGGUGGACGCUCCCAGGAACCUCAACUCGCUCAGGAGCUUCUUCAUGUCCGAGAGGUUCGACAGGGCUGGCAGCAGGAGCCCCGGCGCCGCCGACCAGCUGCUCCGCAAGGACGACGUCGUUAACAGCGCCAGAUUCGGAGACACUCUUUGAGACGUGCAUGCAUGAGAUCAGGGUGGAAUCGUCAGCCCAGUUCUUCUCCCGAUUAAGAUUGUACACAACACAGGCAAAAGCUAAGAGAGAUGCAGAUCAGUAUAUAUAUGAUUGUUCUUCAUUUCUGAGUCAGUGUUCGUAAGAUCGUAUCUACUACAGGUAGCUAGGAUACAGAGAUGGCUUUUUUUUUGUUUCCACCCUGUUCCCUACGUUCUGUAUGUAAUUGUAACUACUCUUUCCGUUCCAAAUUAUAAGUCAUUUCAUAAAUUUUGGA